GAACCAACUGCCCAGCCCAUUUCUCAUGACCUCUGCCAUUACAAAAACUGGGCUGCUAAACACCAUUAAUUUGGCACUUAAUUCUUAUUAUCAACUUGUGAAAAUUGUGUAUUUGGGUUAAUUAAGUUGGAUUUCACCCCCUUGCAACAAUGAAUUCAGGAUCAUCAUCAUUAUCAUCCUCAUCAAGAGAUUCAUGGCAGCCAGUGAUGACUGCAAAUACAGCAACACCAAGUUACUGGUUUAACUGGAGGUUCUUGAUUUGUUUCAUAUGGGUACUGACGGCAAUGGUCUUCGCAUCCACUCUCAUUUCGAAGCACGAAGGUCCGCGGGGGAAGCCGAGACGCGGAGGGGCGAGGAGAGAGAACCAGGAGGAGAGAGAGGCGGUAGGGAUGCUGUACGCGGAUGAAGUGUGGAAACCGUGCGUGAAGGGAGUGCACCCUGGCUGGCUUCUGGCCUUCAGAGCUAUUGCUUUCUUUGUGCUCUUGGUUUUGCUGUUGCUGAAUGUUCAUGUGGAUGGUGGUGACAUUUUUUUCUUCUACACUCAGUGGACAUUUACACUGGUAACCAUUUAUUUUGGGCUUGGAUCAGUGCUCUCCGUUUAUGGGUGCUUCCAAUAUCAAGACGAAGAGAGCCGUGCCGAUCAUAGAGUGAAUUCUGGGGAAUUUGAUGCCGAACGAGGCACUGGUGCAAAACACAUGGGGUCCAACCAAGAACACAGUACUCGCCGAAUAGCAGGAUUCUGGGGUUAUCUCUUUCAAAUUAUUUUCCAGAUGAGUGCAGGUGCUGUGAUGCUCACGGACUGCGUUUUCUGGUUCAUUAUAGUCCCAUUUUUGGCUAUCAAAGAUUACCGAUUUAAUUUUUUGAUAGUUUACAUGCACAGCAUCAAUGCCGUUUUCCUACUCGGUGACACUGCUUUGAAUUGCCUGCGGUUCCCCUGGUUUCGAAUCGCGUACUUCUUCCUCUGGACAGCAGUUUAUGUAAUUUUCCAAUGGAUUGUCCAUGCUUGUGUCUCACUCUGGUGGCCGUACCCGUUUCUCGACUUGUCAACUCCACUCGCUCCGCUAUGGUAUUCGUCGGUGGCUUUGAUGCACAUACCUUGCUAUGGAAUUUUUGUGUUGAUCAUGAAGUUGAAGCACUUCCUGUUCUCAAAAUGGUUCCCUCACUCCUACCAGUGUGUGGUGUACUAAUUCAUAUAGCAGCUGAUUACACCUGUGAAGAAAGAAUUUCCAAGUUCAAGAAACAAUGUAAAUUUUCCAUACACUGAAAAGGCAGGAAGAAAGAUUUGCUAAAUUUUGCACAGAGGGAUACAAACAGUCAUAUAAUCGAAGACAGAAUGUCAUUGAUUGAUUGAUUUAGGUAUUACAUAAAUGUGCAAAAGAAUCCAUAGGAAACAUCCUAUACUUCUUAGAA